AUGACCAUGACGCACUCGGAACCACCAGACGGCCAUGCAGACGCGCCGGCGGGACCCGAAGUCGAAGUGCUCGAGCAAUUCCGUCGGUCUCCACACCCCUACCUUCGCCAUAGAGACGACAUCCGAAGCACACAGCCCACAAGCGCGCGCACCAGCCGCAAUGCCUCGCGCAUCCGCACGCCCCUCCGCGCCUCCGAGUGCGCACUAGAUUCCGACGAAGACGGCAGGAAGCGCAGGAAACGGGCCUCGCAGUCGCCCAGCGAGAGCGGGACUGAGGCGGACGACGAGGGAUAUGGGCUUGUGAAAGCGCUUCCGGCCCCUCCGUUGCGCCCGCGCAAGGGUCUACGCGAUCAGCAUGGUUCGGGGAACGAUGGUGCUGCUAGCCCGCUGUUGACGCCUUCGCAAGUUGACGACGAGGGGCGCGCGUAUGCGAAGGUGUAUUUUGAGGAGAAGAGGGAGGGGUCCGUGAGGGGGGAGACGUCGCCGACGGAUGAGGAGGCUAAGGCUGCGAGGCAGAAGUACCUCAAGAGGCGGCGGAAUGAGCUUGUCAGGAGAACGUCGGAGACGGUGUUGCUUGCUGGUAUAAGCAUACUCGCUGUUCGUGGGUGCGGAUGCUGGGACAAGCUGCUGGAGUGGCAUAGAGUAGAACUAGGUACGCAUGCCAUGGUUAUGGCCGUUGCUUUGGGCGUGUAUCCCCUGCGACUACUCUACUACUCACGGAGAAGAAACCCGCCAUCGAAUCUUCGCUUUCGACAGCAAAUACGAAUACCAGCUGCUUUCGAUCCAGCUCCAAUACUGUACCCCGCCAUAGUACCCGUUCUGAUAUCAAUAUCCCUUUUCGCUACAUACCAAAAACCAUUGCUACCGAACAUCCUUCUUGGACUGGCAGCACUACCACCACAGCUCAUCCCAUUUGGGAGCUCAACAUUGGGGUACUCGAGCGUCCAUUGGCUUGUGUCCAUUCUGCCCCUGAUCGCGUCAGAAAACACAGACAUACCGUCAAGACUAUCAGCGUUGACACCGUACAAGCUGAAGCUUCCUCCUCCAGACAAGGGGUUAGAUCCUGAGCUGCUAGUCAUUCUCUUCCCAUUCCACCAAGCUCUGCUUCCACCAUUAUACUACCUCACCACGACCAGUCUGCUCCCCACCGAGCUACAUCUACUGUCUAUCGCGCUUAUUAACAUGCUGUUGUUCUCCGACUCUCCCCAGAUGGGGAUCCUGAAGACACUCACGUGGCUCGGCGGGAUAGGACUCUUCGUGCUUUGUGGGAAGGUACUCAAGUGGGGUGUUGCGCUUGCUCGUAUCCCACGUUGGAGAUUCAGACGCGUGGGACAGAUUGUUCAAGCACAGCAGUCAUUCCUGCAGGUGUUGAACGAGACUCUGAGGUCGAAGCGAGAACAGCACGCUGCUGGUUCCGAUAGCGAUGCAGACGAUAAUCCGUUACUGCGGCAGAAUUCGCUCAAGCAGACGAAGAGCUUGAAGGUGGGCCCAGUGCGGAGUAGUACGUACAUGGGGAACGAUCAGGAGCUUCAACCCUCAACGAACGGCAAACCCGUACAAAAUGGCAAGCCCAGCGAGUCGAGCAUCCCCGCACAGAAACGGCGCAAUACGCUGCCCAAUCUCGCUGCCGAAGACCAUACCUCCACACAUCGCUACUCGCACCGCAAACGCUCAAAGUCCAUCGCACAGUCAUACCUCUCCCUCACACCAACCCAAGCAACGAUCAGAAAAUGGGUGUAUGCAGCUUAUUUCUACCUCGUCGUAGUCGUCAUGAUCCUAGGCCCAAUCCGCCACAUCAUCGGCACCCACGCGCUGCACUCCCACGAGCCCUUCGGCUGGGCAAUAAGCUACCUCUUCGGCAACAUCCAGCGCCUCCGCUGGGAAGUCUUCAACUGGGACCUGGACUUCUGGAUCCCGCUCCCCCCCAUACUCGACAGCUCCGCCCCACCCCACCCCCUCGCCCCAGCAGAGCACAUCCGCAAACUCCUCCUCGGCGAAGCAACCACCCGCCUUCUGCUAAGCAGCUACUGCCUCCUCACCAUCGCCCUCGGCCUCUUAUCCGUCCUCUCCCUCUCCGCAAUCGUAGAAGUCGACACGCGCCGCAAAGUCUUCCACGGCACUAUGGUCGCCAUGCUGCUCCCUACAAUCUACAUUGACCCGUGUUUCGUCGCCUUAGCCCUCGCCCUCGUCCUCGCAAUCUUCCUCCUCCUAGACCUGAUCCGCGCCUCCCAACUCCCCCCUUUGUCAAAACCAAUCGCGCGUUUCCUCACUCCCUAUGUUGAUGGUAGGGAUCUUCGCGGCCCGGUCGUGGUCAGCCAUAUCUUCCUGCUCAUCGGCUGCGCCAUCCCGCUUUGGCUCUCCCUCGCUGGCACGCCGCGUACUGGCGACCCGCCUUGGGCCGCCUGGGACGUCGCGGCCCGCGAUGUGAGUAUGGUCGCGGGGGUAGUCUGCGUCGGCAUGGGCGACGCGGCUGCCUCUUUAAUCGGACGCCGCUACGGGCGUCGCAAGUGGCCGUGGGGCGGCGGCAAGUCGCUCGAAGGCUCGCUCGCGUUCGCCGUCGCCGUCACCAUUGGUCUACUGUUCGGCAAGGCGUGGCUGUAUGUCGGCUGGGGUGAUGGGUCCGUACGGCCGCAGACUUGGGUGCGUGAUGCGCUGUGGGUCACGGGGAAAGCGGCGCUUUGUGCGGCCGGCGCGAGUCUGAAUGAGGCGGUGUUGACGGGCGGGAAUGAUAAUGUGGUUGUGCCGGUUGUGCUUUGGGUGCUUGUUAGGGGCGUGGGGUUGUAG